UCCGCCUGACGCCGGAAGUGCUUUUUCGCCCCCGCCGCCGGACCAUGGAGACUGUGGCACAGUAGAGCCUGUGGUAUAAGGAUUGUGGGGGCGGUGGCCAUGGAGGCCGUGCUGAACGACCUGGUGUCUGUGGAUGAUCUGAUGAAGUUUGAGAAGAAGUUUCAGUCUGAGCAAGCAGCAGGCUCAGUGUCCAAGAGCACACAGUUUGAGUAUGCCUGGUGCCUGGUGCGGAGCAAGUACAAUGAUGACAUCCGUAAGGGCAUCGCACUGCUGGAGGAGCUGCUGCCCAAAGGGAGCAAAGAGGAACAACGGGAUUAUGUCUUCUACCUGGCUGUGGGCAACUACCGGCUCAAGGAAUAUGAAAAGGCCCUAAAGUACGUGCGCGGCCUGCUGCAGACGGAGCCCCAGAACAACCAGGCCAAGGAGCUGGAACGGCUCAUUGACAAGGCUAUGAAGAAAGAUGGUCUGGUGGGCAUGGCCAUCGUAGGUGGUAUGGCCCUGGGCGUGGCAGGACUAGCUGGACUCAUCGGACUUGCUGUGUCCAAGUCCAAAUCCUGAAGGAGACUGCACCUGCUCCUCCACCCAGUGCCCCCAAGGGCAUUUCCCAGAGAGGAGCCAUCCAUCCAUCCUUGCAGGCCUUUCCCUGCUCUCCCCUGCACCCUUGUCAUUGUCCUCUGGGGCCUUCCACCUCUGCUUCCCUGAGACCUGUCAUGUAGCCCCAGGUCAUGUGGUUUGGGAUGAGUGUAAAUAAAAUUGAGCCAAACUUGGAAA